CAGAGCUUUAUAAGACUUCAAGAGCAGUGGCCGUCUCAGAUGCCUGUGUGUGUGUGGAAUGUGAGACAUUUGAGAGUGUGUGGUCAUAUUAUAUGUUGUGUGUGUGCAUGUGUAUAACACCACUGGAGUCUAGGAGUCUGUUUCUAUAUGAUGACCCCCGAGGGAAACCCCCUCUCUGCCUGUCUGGCUCUCUAUCACCUGUUCAAUCUGACCCUUAGUUUAUUACAUUUAAAGUGCACCAAGUAACCUAUUGCACUUAUUUUACCCGUAAAAAUGAGAUGAAGAAUACAGUUAUGGUGGCUGCCAAGAUGACCGGGGUGUGCUUCCCAAUAGCAAUUGCAUCAUUACCAUCAUAGUUCAACGCUGUUUCCUGAAAACAUAGUUGCAAUGAACAUUCAUAAAGGCCCCAAUAUACUCAAAGCGAAGUUCUUAUUUGUUCUUUGCUUAGGGGUAAGGUAAGUUCAAAGUAUUUGACCAGUGGUAUUGAUUUGAUUUAAUUUUGUAAUGUCACACCAGUUCAUUCUUUGGCUUUUCUUGAAGUAUAUCAGAGCCUUAAGCAGCAUCGCAAAGUUAUAAUCGCAGAUGUAUCAUUUCUUGUUAGUAUGUGGAUUGAAAUAGAUCAUGCUCUUGAGCAAAAUAAGCUGACAUGCAGUACAAUCUAUAGCUUUCAUUCCAUAUACAAAUUUCAUUCAGCAUCUUUUACUCUGUCAGUUGAAUGAAAGCACCAUUUUUGAAGAGUGUGCAUGUGUGUAUGUGAACCCUAGAGUAUGACAUAAGAGUGAACCCGCGAAUGAAUCAGAAAUCUGCAAAACAACAGAGAGUGCUCCUCAGAUUCCAUUUUCAUUAUUUACAACAACAAUCUGACAUUAAUUCGAUCUCAAGCCGAUUAUUUAGCAGAAGUUUUACUCCACCAUCUAUGUGAUGAUGUCUAACGUAAGUUCUAUUGUCGAUGGAGUGUGUUUCGCACAACAGAUGUGUCAUUAGAGUUUUAGGAAACAGUCAUGACUAGAUAGUUAAUUUCUCCAAUAAUGCAUUGUACAAUUAAUAAUAAUAUGAAUAUGCUUGUUAAUAGAGUAAAAUGGCAUUGGUAACAGAAAAAGUUGCAUGUGCUAUAUCCACGCCAGCAGGUGUCAGUAAAAACAAAGACUGUCACACAACUUCCAGUAGUUAGGGGUAUGUCUGCAAGAUGAAGUGACCCCAAAUAACAUGAUAUUUAGUCCCUGGAAUGCGAAUUUUACCAGGGGAGCCCCGCCUAAAUCACGGAUUUUACCCCCAGAACGCGAUUUUUACUGGGGAAACCAACCUGAAACGCAAAUGGGCUAGUUUUAAGUAUAUGGUCCGUUGCUGUCUUGACAGAGUGCAUGCGGAACAAAAUGGUGGCAAAGUUUCUGCGAGAGCGCCAGGAAAGUCUUAAACACUCCCUUCCUCUCGGCUCUUACCUGCUUAAACCUGUCCAGAGGAUCCUAAAGUACCAUCUACUACUGCAUGAGAUCGCCACUCAUCUGGAGAAGGAUUCAGAGAUGUAUGACGUGAUCCAGGAGGCGAUCGACACCAUGCAGAGGGUGGCCUGGCACAUCAAUGACAUGAAGAGAAAACACGAGCAUGCAGUGAGGCUGCAGGAGAUUCAGAGUUUGCUGACUAACUGGAAGGGCCCUGAUCUGAUUGGCUAUGGCGAGCUGGUUCUCGAGGGAACAUUCCGUAUCCAGAGAGCGAAAAAUGAGAGAACGCUCUUUCUGUUCGACAAACUUUUGCUGAUCACCAAGAAACGCGAGGAGACUUACACCUACAAGGCCCACAUCCUGUGCUGUAACCUAAUGUUGGUAGAAGUCAUUCCUAAAGAACCUCUAAGCUUCAGCGUGUUUCACUACAAGAACCCCAAACUUCAACACACUGUGCAGGCAAAGUCUCAGCAGGACAAGAGAAUGUGGGUCCUGCAUCUAAAACGACUGAUCCUUGAAAACCAUCCUGCCAAAAUACCGGCCAAGGCUAAGCAGGCCAUUCUGGAGAUGGAUACCGCAAACCACCCAAGUUUUAACUUCAACUCUGAUGACAAGAGAGUGAACACUAAAGAGGGUCCCUCGCCCCGGAGAGUACGCAGGAAGACAGAGCCCUUAUCUAAGUUAUUGAAAAACUCCAAACAUAUAAUAUCCAGUCCAGAUAUACAGAAGCGUUCUAGUUUUGGAGUCACUCUCCUGUCACCUGUGGCCCAUCUGGGUUCUAUUGGCCGAUCCCGUAGCCUUGUCAGCGAAUCACAGGAAUCUCUGGACCCUGGUGACCACAGUGAUGUAGACGAAGAGUUGCAUCCACAGGAUGCUGAUGAUGAGGAUGAUACUGGUUUGAGCUCUGGGGGCAAGCUGAGAGUGCCAGGGAAGGGUAGCCGGAAAAGACUAAACCAGCAAGUGUCGGUGGACAGCAUUGACCAGUGGAGAAACCACAACCUUACUCAUGCAGACCUCCAGACUGCUAAAGAGUCCCUGCAAAAUAAGGUUAUCACCCCCCCUAUCCUACGGGUGACUGCACCUCCUGAAACAGACAGAAAUGAACACAUGUCUAACAGGCUGGCAACUGGAGAGGAACCUUCUUUCCGCAACAUAUGGACAGAUCAUCGAGUCCGGAGGGCUAUGUUUCCCACUCGUCAAAAGAGUUUCCAAAUUGAUGAUGAUGAAGAAGACAUCUAUCAGAUGUUCCUGCCAACGGAGAAUGAUGUAAGCAGUCAUGAUGCUGAGAGUGACCAUGAAACUGCUGACCAUCCAGAAAGACCCUGUAGCUGGCAUGUUGAACAGAAUAAAACAUCACGCCUAGAUCUUCCUACAAGUGGGAAAAGAAUACUUCGCAGGGCCAGCAGUGUUGGAGAAAACCAGAGUGAGCAACUAAGUCCUACCAAGCGAGCCCUACAAGAGGAAGAGACCAACAACCAGACUGAGUCUUCAAGCAAUGAAAUCUCAGGGUCAUCAUCUGCCGAGCAGUUAACAAUCGAUGAUAUCGAGAAUGUUUAUGACAACAUUAGUUACGAGGAGCUCCAGGCCAUGGGGCUUAUCCGCAAGGAUCAAGUUAACCAUGCAGAGGUCAAAUCUAGGAUAGCUCCUCAAGUCAUCAUAACUCCAACUGAAACUGAGAGUUCAUGUGGGAGCAAUAGGUCUUCUGGUCAAGAGGGGGAGCCAUUUGAGACAUGUGAGCUGCAAAUUGUUGAGGAUGAGGAGAAUGUUUACGACACCAUUGUCUUUCAGGAGCCCCCAGUCCUUGCAACUGAGAUGGAUGGUGGAAAACCAGAGGGUUUGCAGACAUCUGAGGUAGAUCUCAUGACUAGCCAGAUUUUAAGAGGGUUUAUAUCUGAGGAAAAAAUCUGUCCCACAAAUAUGACAGAGGCGGAUCAGAACCACAUUCCCUCUGCUGCAAUUUCAGACCCUGAAACAUCUCAGCUUUCCACAGCUGAUCAUACAUUGGAGAAAGUGGAUGAGAUCUGGACGGAUUUGGAAAACUACAUCCGGAAAAAUGAAAAGAAACCAGACAGACUUCCAGCUGCAUUUCCUGUAAGCGGAACAGACAACGCAUGUAAAACACAUGACUCUCCCAAAAAAGGACAUGAUUCCUCACACAAAGCACAAGACUCUCCAAGAAAAACGCAUAACUCCCCAAGUAAAGUGAACAGGUUACAACAGAGAAGUAAUGAUUCCCAAUGUAAAGCACAAGAAUCUCCAAGCAAGAAAGCUAAUUCUGCACAAAAGUCAAGUGAUUCUUCAUGUAAAUUACCCUUAAAAACAACCCCUGUUGUUUGUGCUGCACCUGGAUCACCUAACCCACCCGCUAAUCCCCCUCCAGGUCUCCAGAUACCUAUCCUCAACAUUCCAGACCUCCCAGAAACUACAUUGGAUGAGAAAGACGGAGCGUUGUCUUCUCCUGUAGCCCCUUCCCUUCCUCUACCCCCUACCCCAGAGCCUCAACCUGGCACAGUGAAGAGCAUUCGCAAUAAACUGGCAAGAUUAAGCAGCGGAAGUUUCCGGAUGGAUGAUGAGGACAUCCCUCCACCGAAGGACACAGAGCUUCAUGCCCUGUUUAGUAGCAUGGACUCUGGCUCCUCCAGUCUGCUGCUGGGUGUGGAAGCUGGGGACCAGGUUCUUGAGCUUGGGGAGAGGGGCAAGAACAGAGUGUUCCUCAUGGCUAGGCAGUACAGUCAGAAGAUCAAAAAGGCCAACCAGUUACUGAAGAUGAAGAGCAUGGACCACGAACCCAGUUGUGCUAAGCUAAGGCUAAGCAAACAGAAGGACCUGGCAGCUAUACUGGAGGAGAAGAAACAAGGUGGCACUGCAAUAGGUGCAAGAAUAGCAGAGUACUCUCAUUUGUAUGAUCAGGUGGUUUUUAAGGGUUCUCCGACCACUACUCCAGUGCUGAAGUCAUCUAUCAGCCUUGCCGGCCCUCAUCCACUUUUCCCCAGCACCACUUCCUCCCCUUCCUUAUCUGAGAGCUCUACACAAGAGUCCGACUGGUUGAACAGCACGUACAGUAAUGGGGAACUUGCUGAUUUUGUGUCCUGGCCAGCAGUAUGCACUUCAACCCCACAGAGAGGACUGACUCCUGCAAGUUCUACCCCUGCUUUGAAGAACCUCCCGCCUACUCCUAGUACUCCACCCAAUCAGCGUUGGAGUGCUUGUGUGACAACAAGUAAAGAUGACUCUGAUCACAUUUACACUUCAAUUGGACCACGAAACACUAAGGUGCCAUCCUAUAAUCGCUGCCAGUCCUCAUCUUCAUUGAUAGACCAGACUGGAACAGAAAAUGGCAGGGGUCAGUGUAAUCGGGAAGUGGACGGCAAAGAGUCAAGGACACAGGUGCCUCGACAGCACAGCCUCCCAGAAUGCCCAGUCCAGGGGACUUCAGACCUCUCAGCACCAUGUGAUAUCACACUGCGGGACUCACAACAAAUACUUGUGCUGAACAGAAAUGUGCCACUGAAUGCGCAAAGUGCCACUGAGAAUUAUCUGGCCAACUUUAAAGACACUGGAGAUGAUGAUGACGAUUAUGUAGAGAUCCGUUCUGAAGAUGAGGGUGAAGAAAAGAAGCAAGAAAUAGCUAUGCCACACAGUCUGUCGGAAACCGCAGUAAAGUACUGCAGCCCUCCUCAAGGCAACAUGCAAACCCUCGUAAAAGAACAGCAGGCUUCCACUAACCCUGAUAUGGCUCUGCAGGGAUACUUGUGGAAUGAUCCGGAUUGCAGCCAGCAAGAUGUAAAUCAGCCCACUAUUGUCCAGUCACUGAGGGAAAAGUUCCAGUGUCUCAGCUCAAGCAGUUUUGCAUAGGAGGCAGGAAUGAUGGACACAUGUCACAUGCUUAGCUCAUACAAGGAGGAAAUGAGACACAACAAACUUAAACGUCUACAUGGAACAUGUUACACAACUUAAAGACACAACACAAAGCACAUGAUAUACAACAUUUUAACAUUGUGCUUUACAGUACACUCAACAACACCAUACAAUUUGUAAAUUAUGGAUUCAAGCGUUAGCUACUUUGCUCAUCUCUCACCACACUCACACAGUAAGAUACAGAUCUAAGCAGGAACACUGUACACAACAUCUUUCGAAUUAUAUCUUUCUUUUCCUUAACAUUAAGACCCAAGAAUUAUGUCAAAUGACUUAGGUCAUGGUACAGGUAAGAUCAUGGUUCUAAGUUUUACAAAGUUUCAAAGGGAACUGUAAUUCAGAAAAGAAAGAAAAUGAAAGAAGAACACUAGCUACAUAGGCUUGAAUCGUAGACACAACUUAAACUUAUUUCUCUCUUAAAAUGUUACAAUAUUCUCAAACUACUGGUUAUAAUAUUCUAGAACAUGUACAUAAAUGUUUCCAUACAAGCUUUAAGAUAAUGCGCACAUGCCUGGUGAUGUUAAUUAAAUUAUCUGCCAUAAUUUCUGUGUAAACAUGUCGACAGUUCCUUAAGCCAAUAAUUAAAUAUUUUCCUUUUAAUUGUGUAGACAUUAGUAAAUUUGGUUAUGUAGGUGGUUUCAUCUACAGGAAACUAUGCUAACAUCAGCCAAUGGCCAUUCAGUGUGUAAUUUGUAAUAUUUGCAUGCCACAUUUUCUCCAGGCCAAGAAUACAUAGAAUCAAUAUAUAUUUUACUAUGCUGUACAUUAGAUAUAGAUAUAGAUUUAUCAGACUGGAAAGUCAUAAGUAUAUUUAAAAGGUGGUCAAGUUUUGCUAAAAUCCUAGUUACAAUCAACCAUGUCUCAGAAAUUAGCAUAAUAUCAGUAAAUAUGAAGUAAAAUUGCAAUAAUGUUUUUAGAUUUAAUUUAAUUUAGCAUCAUGACAGGUCCACUACUAGAAUAUCGGCAAAAAAACACAGGAAAGUAUAAUUUAUAGUGUUAAUUUUAGAUUAAUCUGUUCAGGGGACCAUGUUGCAGAAUGAGGAGUUUGAGGUGUCAGAAACGUACUGUAAUUUGAUGUAAAUUUGAGUUUAAUACUAUGUGUUAUCUGAUCAUUUAAUUGUUUAGUGUUUAAAAUAUUCAGCAUUGGCUGUCCCCACCCUGUCUCCGCAUUCAAACUACACACUGUCUGUCACCCCAAAGAUUUUGAUAUUUUUAUUAGUGAUUUUCACAGCACAUUUCAGUUUAUUUUUCAUAUUUAUUUCUGGGUAAAUUUUAUGUACUUCAGCCCCCCCCCCCACCGCAUUUUCAAAUUUCGCUUUCGAUUUGAUGAAACAAUAUUUAUUAUAUGUUUCGACUGGUUGUUCAGCAAGUAUGGUUUUUGAAAAAAAAAAAAAGUUUAUAAUGUGUAGCUCUGUUGUUGUAUGACCAUUGUUCAUGUUCAAAAUGUUACCUUACAAAAUGUUACAAGAAUCCUCCUGAAACCAGGAGUAAAUGAUAUAAAUAAAAGUACCAGUGUAAAUAAACUGAAUUUAAAUAUGGAUGGAAGAUUUGAAUGAAGUAUGUUUAUAUAGUUUUUUUUCUUUUUAUUUAGUUGUACAUUUCGUUCACUGGUGGGGACUGUUAUCCAUUGGAAUUGUUACUUUUGCACUUUUCCUCCUUUUAAACAUUCUGUUUGUAAAGAUGUACAUAUUUAUGAAUGUUGCCAUUUACCUAUUUUCAUGAUCUUAAUUUAAUUUUUUGACAUUUGUUUUGUUUUUAUAACUGCCCUGUAGUAACUGGUCGAAGAUGUAUUGUAGGCAACAAAUAAACCUUCAAUUAAAACAAAA